CCGGGAGUGGCGCUAUUGGAUUUUCUGUUUAGAUUUUCCAUCCAAUUUUUCUGUGCUUUUCUACUUGUUCUCAUCACAUUACAAGACUUCAAUAAAUGAAACAUCAGAAGAGUUGCGAAUGGGCUGGAACAUGAAUCUCCGUGGAUAUUUAAUUGGAAUUCAGCGGGCAUUUGACGCCCAAGAUGGACAAUUGCUGGGAGGACUUAUUUCUCUGCAAGAUCAGCAUGUUUUGAAUUCAAACCUCAUCAGCGUUGAUGAGUCGAAGACAGGAAUGAUGCUCGUUGAGACAUUGGAGCCGCCUCUGGAUGAGAUUGCUUGCUGCCACUUGAAGUGCUUGAGGGUGCUCAAUCGGACACCCAGAGAUGUCCACGAGGCGUACAAACAACAAACAGCCUGCGUUCAAGCGGUGAUAAAGUUGCUUCAGGCACUCAAAGAGGAGAACUGGUGCCUCCCAAUAAUGUACAGUGCGUGUCUGGAUUUGAGGCUCUUGGCGCAGAAAUGCGAGGAGUGUGGCAUUGGCACAAAGCCGGGAGAAAUUCUUGAGAAGGCGGCUGAAGGACUCAUGGCAUGUUUUCGGAUCUGCACGGCGGACAAUAGAUCUGCUGAUGAAGACACAAAGCGCCAUGGAAUGCUGAAUUUGGUUAAUCAACUCUUCAAAGUUUACUUCCGAAUCAACAAACUACAUCUCUGCAAGCCACUCAUUCGGGCCAUAGAGAGUUCAGCGUUUAAAGACAGUUUUCCGCUUGCUGAGCAGAUCACGUACAAGUACUUUGUGGGAAGGAAGGCUAUGUUUGAUUCAGACUACAAAUGCGCCGAGGAGUAUCUCACUUUCGCCUUUGAGAUGUGUCCGAAGGUUCACACGAAGAACAAAAGACUAAUCCUCAUCUAUCUCGUGCCGGUGAAGAUGUUGUUGGGCUACAUGCCCAAGGAGGAGACACUCAAGAUGUACGAUGUUCUGCAGUUCUAUGAGUUGGCGUGCGCCCUGCGAGAGGGAAAUGUUCGCAAAUUUGAAGAUGUGAUCGCGAAACACGAAGCAUUUUUCAUCAAGUUUGGAAUUUAUCUGCUGGUGGAAAAGCUGAAGAUCAUCGCUUACAGAAAUCUAUUCAAGAAAGUGUAUCUGAUCAUGCAGACACAUCAAUUGGAUUUGCAGCACUUCGUGCAGGCGUUGGAGUUCGUGGGCAAGAGUGACAUUAAUAUGGAUGAGACACAGUGUAUAGUGGCAAAUUUGAUAUACGAGGGAAAAAUUAAGGGAUACAUUUCGUAUCAGCACAACAAAUUAGUUGUGUCGAAGCAGAAUCCCUUCCCCACACUCAGCGUGAAUGCGACAUGACUAUCCCUCUUGGGAGGGCCCUCUUUUAUGUAAUUCAAGAGCGUGGAAGAAGGGAAGGAUGAUCAUUAAAUGGAAAACUGUGA